ACCGCUGCGCCAUGUUAUCGGAGAAACGGUUCAAACCGUCGUUUAACGACCAUUAGAUUAACAUAAAGGUGUUUGAAACGCCUUUUUUUUUUUACAUUAAACUUAGUUUUUUUUAAUCGUGAACGUUAAAUUUACAUCGUCACCGGCCGGCGAAGCAGCUGGCAGAGCCGCGUUUAGAUUUUUUUCCGUUAGUUUGAAGGCCAAAGCGGCUGCCAUGGAUUUUUAAGGCAUAAUGCGGCACCUCUGAUGCAAUGGCGAUGCAUAGUGCAAGGCAAAACCAACUGCGAAACUCCAUCUUCGCAACUGCCAAGCAGUUGGGCUCGAAUACCGUCCGCGGUAUACCUGCGAGCCAGCCGGUACCGCUGCUCCUGGACCGGAGGAAGCUAACGCUAGCUAGCUAGUCACCUUAGCUACUUAUAAACACCGUUAAAUUUGAAUAAAAAUCCAUCGAUCCAUCAUCGUCUUAAAACACAAUGAAGCCUCAAGACAUCAUCGCCGGGAAAAGCAGCCUGUGGAUCUUCGGGUACGGGUCUCUGGUGUGGAAGCCUGACUUUAAGUACAAGAGGAGCCAGGUCGGCUACAUUCAAGGCUACAAGAGACGAUUCUGGCACGGAGACAACUUCCACCGCGGCACCGACGAGAUGCCCGGAAGAGUGGUGACGCUGAUUGAAGACGAUGACGCGAGCACUUGGGGCGUGGCGUUCGAGGUCACCGGCUCUCAAAUCGAGGAGUCCCUGAAGUACCUCAACGUGCGCGAGACGGUCUGCGGCGGCUACGUCACUAAAAUGGUCGAUUUCUUCCCCGAGGGUGGGGACCAGCCCCCGGUUCAGGCGCUGGUGUACAUCGCCACGUCCGACAACGCCCUGUACCUGGGGCCGGCCAGCCCGGAGGCGAUCGGCAUCCAGAUCGCCGUGUGCAGAGGGAAGACGGGCCACAACCUGGAGUAUCUGCUGCGGCUGGCCGAGUUCAUGAGGACCAGCUGCCCGCACGUGGAGGACCAUCACCUGUUCUCCAUCGAGGCGGCGGCGCUGACCGUGGUGUCCUAUCUGUUAGCGGCCCAGUAGCUCGUACCCUUUGUCUCGGGAGCGUAAAGAGCGGAUGAAUAAAUGAAACACACGGAGGCUUUUCACCCGUCAGUCUGUCUGUGUUUAUGUUGUGAGAUGAGCUUCACGCGACCAUCCGCCGUACGAGAAUCCAUUAAACGCUGUUGCAGUGAUAAAGGGAAGCAUUAUGUUCAGUGUUUUUGUUUUUCAGAAGCAUGACGUCAUGUUCACGUUUGUACAUCCGUUAGAAAAUGACACCUGUGCAGUUCUGUCUUUUUAGAAAAGCACAUUUAUGUUUUUUAAUUUAAUUUGAAUUUGCACGGUUCAGAUCCGUCCAGUCCACUCAGACGGUCCUGAGGGUUCAUCGUGGUGGUGGAACUUGUGUGCAGUUGAUGAAAUGACUGCUGGGAUGAUGUGCUGUAACUAUUUUUUAACCCUGUCAUCACUACAAACCUGUUUUUUUUCCCCAAAAGUUGCUCAUGGCAACUUUUCAUCCAGCUGCAAACACUAAUAAAAAGUUAAAAUAA